GGGCCCGGGAGUCUGGCGAGGGUACAAGGGGGUGCGGAAAAGCCGGGGAAGGGACUCGGUCCGGGAACUUGAUCAGGGGCCGGAGACCUACGGGAACAGCGGCCCGGGACCCGCGCUGCCCCCGCCCCUCCUGAGCAGGCGCCCCCAUGGCCCGACCCCGCUGAUUCCUUCACUCGGCCAUGCUCCCGCGGCCCCUGCGGCUGUUUUGGGACACGAGCCCCCCCGGGGGAGUCGUGCUGAGCAGCUUCCGGAGUCGAGACCCCGAAGAGGGUGGGGGCCCAGGUGGCCGGGGCGUGGGCGGGGGGCAGGAGGAGGAGGAGGAGGAGGAAGACGACGAGGCCCCUGUGUCUGUCUGGGACGAGGAGGAGGAUGGUGCCACCUUUACUGUCACAAGUCGCCAGUAUCGGCCUGUUGAUCCCUUGGCCCCGAGGCCUCCCCCGCAUUCCUCCCGGAGGCUCCGAGCUGGCACUCUGGAGGCCCUGGUCAGACACCUGCUGGAUGCCCGGACAUCAGGGACUGAUGUGACCUUCACGGCAGCCUUCCUGGCUACUCACCGGGCCUUCACCUCCACGCCUGCCCUGCUAGGGCUUAUGGCUGACAGGCUGGAAGCCCUUGAAUCUCAUCCUACAGAUGAGCUAGAGAGGACAAAAGGGGUAGCCAUCUCUGUAUUGUCAACCUGGCUGGCCUCUCACCCUGAGGAUUUUGGCUCUGAGGUCAAGGGUCAGAUUGACCGGCUUGAGAGCUUCUUGCUUCGGACAGGGUAUGCAGCAGGGGAGGGUGUUGGGGGGGGCGGCGCUGACCUCAUCCGCAACCUCCGGUCCCGGGUGGACCCCCAGACCCCCGAACUUCCUAAGCCCCUGGCCCUCCCCGGCGAUCCCCCUGCUGACCCCACGGAUGUCCUGGUGUUCCUCGCUGACCACUUGGCCGAACAGCUGACCCUGCUAGAUGCGGAGCUAUUUCUCAAUCUGGUACCCUCUCAGUGCCUGGGGGGCCUGUGGGGUCACAGAGACCGGCCAGGACAUUCCCACCUCUGCCCCUCUGUCCGGGCUACUGUCAUACAGUUCAACAAGGUGGCAGGGGCAGUGGUCAGCUCUGUCCUGGGGGCUACCUCAACCGGAGAGGGGCCUGGGGAGGUGACCAUACGGCCACUCCGUCCCCCACAGAGGGCCCGGCUGCUGGAGAAGUGGAUCCGUGUGGCAGAGGAGUGCCGUCUGCUCCGAAACUUCUCUUCAGUGUAUGCUGUGGUGUCGGCCCUGCAAUCCAGCCCCAUCCACAGGCUUCGGGCAGCCUGGGGGGAAGCAGCCAGGGACAGCCUCAGAGUCUUUUCCAGCCUCUGCCAGAUUUUCUCCGAGGAGGAUAAUUAUUCCCAGAGCCGGGAGCUCCUCCUGCAGGAGGUGAAGCUGCAGCCUUCUCUGGAGCCAAAUUCAAAGAAGUCCCCGAGGUCUGGCUCCCGGGGUGGGGGUGUGGUCCCAUACCUUGGCACCUUCUUGAAGGACCUCGUGAUGCUGGACGCAGCCUCCAAGGAUGAGCUGGAGAACGGAUACAUCAAUUUUGACAAGCGGAGGAAGGAGUUUGCUGUCCUUUCUGAGCUGAGGCAGCUCCAGAACAAAUGUUGUGGCUAUGACCUCCAACCUGACCCCGAUAUCCAGCGGUGGCUACAGGGGCUCCGGCCACUGACAGAGACCCAGAGCCAUCAAGUGUCCUGUGAGGUGGAGCCAUCCAGUACCAGUGACCCUCCUGCCCCGCGGGUGCUUCGGCCAACGCUGGUCAUCUCGCAGUGGACAGAGGUGCUGGGUUCUGUUGGAGGUCCCACACCCCUUGUCUCCUGGGACUGGCCCAGUGUGGGGGCAGAGGAGGUGCCUGGAACCCCCGCUCCACUGCUGACCCGGCUGGCCCAGCACAUGAAGUGGCCGUCUGUCUCAUCUCUGGACUCCGCCCUGGAAAGCACUCCAGCCCUGCAGAGUCCCGCUGACCCCAGCCACCUCUCUCCCCCCGCUUCCUCCCCGAGGCCUUCUCGAGGUCACCGCCGCUCAGCCUCCUGUGGCUCCCCGCUCAGUGGGGGUGCAGAAGGGGCCUCCAGGGGGGCUGGAUAUGGGGGAGGGGGGCCUGGGCCAGGGUCCUCUGAUUGCCGCAUCAUCCGAGUCCAGAUGGAGCUGGGGGAAGACGGCAGUGUCUACAAGAGCAUCUUGGUGACAAGCCAGGACAAGGCUCCAAGUGUCAUCAGUCGUGUCCUGAAGAAAAACAAUCGUGAUUCUGCGGUGGCUUCAGAGUAUGAGCUAGUGCAGCUGCUCCCAGGGGAGCGAGAGCUGACCAUCCCCCCCUCGGCUAACGUCUUCUACGCUAUGGAUGGAGCUUCACUCGAUUUCCUCCUGCGGCAGCGGCGACGGCCCUCCACUGCUACACUGGGCCGCGCCAGUGGCCCUUCUGCCUCGGGAACUCCCCCAAGUGAGGGAGGAGGGGGUUCUUUUCCCAGGAUCAAGGCCACAGGGAGGAAGAUUGCCCGAGCACUGUUCUGAGGAGGAAGCCCUGUUGGCUCCUAGAACUCAUGGUGGCAGUGCCAGAUGUGGGGAGCCAUCCUGAAUGGUGGCAGUUGCCGCACU